CUCAGACGAUAGGCCUGACGGGGUAGUGUUGAGAAACAUUUGCGGGUUACUGCGGUGCUGACUUUUAACAGUGGCCUAAUUAAUGCAGCUAGGGCUAGAUAACCCUAGGUUUAUCGAAAACUUACCUUAACAGUGAGUGGGUAAACUGCUGUGUGCGGUGUGGGCAACGCAGACCUGAACGCAAGCCAACUGGAAGUGCAUUGAUCGUAUACGACUCUGAUGGAAGCCAUAAGAUUGAAGACAGUUGUCUGCAGCAGGAAACUCCGUAAGAGAGUUGAAAGUGAGAAGAAUAGAGAAGACAAGAUGGCAGAGAACAAGAAAGCUGCUAAUCUUGGUGGCAACAUAGGAACUGGAGCUGGUAUAUUUGCCAAACGCGUCCACAAAUCAUUCAACAGAGCGCAGGAAAAGGUUUGGCAAAAGCUUGGGAAGAGUAUUGAGACCAGAGAUCAGCAGUUUGAGGAGUGCUCUCUGAAUCUCAAUAAACAGCAGACUGAUGGAGCGAGGCUUUUCAAGGACGUCAAGGCCUACUACAACGCUGUCAAAGUUAUCCACGAGACAUCUAAAAAGCUCUCCCAGACGCUCCAGAGUGUCUAUGAGUCUGACUGGGAAGGACAGGAAGAUAUACCAGUCAUUAUUGAGAGUGAGGAUCUUCUUUGGAAUGACUAUGAGGAGAAGUUGAACGAUCAGAUCAUGCGCACCAUGGAGAACUACACCAGUCAAUUUCCUGAAGUCAGAGAGCGGGUGGCCAAGAGAGGCAGGAAGCUGGUGGACUACGACUCAGCCCGUCACCAGCUGGAGGCGUUACAGAGCGCCAAGAAGAGAGAUGAAGCCAAGAUAACCAAGGCAGAGGAAGAGUUUAAUUCAGCGCAGAGCAUCUUCGAGGAGAUAAACAAGGAGCUCAGGGAAGAACUGCCUCAGCUCUAUCAAAGCCGAAUUGGAUGCUAUGUGACCGUGUUCCAGAACCUCUCCAACCUCAGAGAUGUGUUCUAUAAGGAGAUGAGUGUGCUGAAUCAUGAUCUCUACAAUGUGAUGAAGAAACUGGACACUCAACACUCGGGCAGUACCUUCAUUAUUAAGGGACUCUCAAGUGCCAAGUCUAAGAAGAGGAAGUCCCUGGCCAUUUCUGCUCCCAUCCCCUGCAACACGGCCUUCCCCUCCAACCACCAGAGCUCUGCCCUGUCCACCCCACAACGGAUGAGUACUUCAGAAGACUUCAGCGUUACCACCGAUACAGCCCCCAACGAGACCGUGGGUCAUGGGGACAGCAACUCGGACUUGGAGUCCGUCAGCCUGACUGACAGCGACACCCCUUCAACCCACAGACUCUCCAUGUCAUCCGAGGGGGAGAUCCCCAGGACGGCGGCAUCGCCAGAGAACGGGCACCAGAACGUGGAAGCGGCCCAAUCAGAGGAUGGCUCGAACAAGCAGCAAGAAAACAUAGAGCGCUACAUGGACGCGUCCGACGUGCAAGUGGUUGAGGCUGAAAAUGAAGCGCCAAAGUCACCAGGAGCAGAUAAGCCCAGGCGACCACCUCUCCCUGUCCCGCGCCUCUCCUUGACCCCCUCCGAGGGCAUGGCCCAACCUGCCGAAACUCCAGACACCACCGCAACAGCAGACAGUGCAGAAACGGCAACGGUGGCAGCAGCCACUGAGGAGAGCAGAGCGGACGAGAGGUCGAGUGAACAAACAGAGGUGUCCGCUCCAUUCUCAGCCCCUGACUCGGACAGCUCCAAACCCCCUCGCUUUCUCUACAGGGCCAAGGCCCUAGAGACUCAGAAGUCUGACGAUGACAUGCUGCUAGUGUUUGACAAAGAUGACAUUAUCCUCGUGUUUCACGACUAUGAGGAGAAGCCCGAGGGCUCUGUGUGGGGCGUGAGGGAGGAGGACUGGAUCAAGCUCCCGGAUCUGGUGCUGCUCUCAGGGACUGUUAUGGAGAACCUGAUCCAGCGCCUUGACGCUGACUGAAGGCCAACAACCCCCUCACCACCCCAUACCCAGGUCUUAACCUCUGACCUCUUUACCCCAACGUGCUGCGUCCCAUGUGCUCCCUGGCUCAGUGGCAGUAAGACCUCGCCCUAUAACAACCGGAGGACGUCACCAGUGUUGCAAGCGGUCACAAGACGGAGCUCUGGUCAGCUUCAGCUCUUUGCACGAACAACAAACUUUGCCCAGCAUUGCUACAGUGUCCACUCUCCAGUACACACUCUGCUAGUGAUUUCUUAUUCAGUAUUGUGCCUUUUUUUCUAAUCUCUAUAGCCAGAGAUGUUCUCCCCUGUUAAAGGGGGGGGUGGUCCAAGAACAUGGAUUAGUUCCUUCCUUCCUUCCUGGCGAAUUUCAGUUGGAGUAUGUGGUAAACCUACAAAUAGAAGAGCCCCAUGGCUUCUUUCUCACUGCAGGAAAACGCCAAAGGGCUCUUUGAUUCAGAGGUUUACAACUUACUCUGACUUAACUAAGCCAGACUAAGAACUAAUCCAUGUUCUUGCAGCCAGUGUUUUCCAAAUUACUAUUCAUGCUGCAAACAAUGAACCAGUUCAUGACGGGCUUCUACAUUCCACUCAAGACCAUGUCUGUCCCUGCUUAUGACUGAACUCAAUUUAUAACGGCUUCAUCGUAGCUCUUACUCAGGCUACAGAAUCUCUUCCAAAAUGAGGGAAUAUUAUUUGUUUCGUUUUUUAAAUGUAUUUCUUUUUUAAACUGUGAAUGAUAUUAAAUUUUUGUGGGUAUGUCUUGAAUGUAUUUUUGCCUAAAUGUUAUGUACAAAAAAUGUAAACCAAUGUAAUUGUAUGCUUUCAUUCUGUUAGUAAGUCAUGUUUUCUAUACAAUAAAGUUACUUUGACCUUUA